CAAACCCAUGGAUUAUUCAUAUCUCAACCAUGGUUUCGAUACGGCCUGUUCGCUGUCAUCGAUGGAUCCAUCAGUGGGCUUAUCCUCCUGUCAGCUAGCCUGUUCCUAUCCGGAUCUGGGUGGCCAAUGUUCGCCGCAAUACCCGCGCUAUCAGCCGGUAUCAGUAUCGUCGGUACCGUCGAUGUCGACAAUGCGAUCGGCAGUAGCCGGCCAUAGUCCGGUAGUUUCGUCGGCAACCCAGGCCAUGAUCAACGGUUCGCGUAUGUCGAUGGCCAUCAACAAUCAUCAUCAGGUAGCGGCUGUCAGCGCGCCGUCAGUGUUUUCAUCGUCAAUGGGACUGCAAAGUCUGCCUUAUAAGAUGUAUACUCCCGGACACGACGGUAUGCUAACCGAAAAACGUAAACAACGCCGUAUUAGGACAACAUUUACGUCGGCUCAGCUCAAGGAGCUGGAGAGGGCCUUCCAGGAGACACACUAUCCAGAUAUAUAUACACGCGAAGAGAUAGCCAUGAAGACAGACCUAACAGAAGCUAGAGUUCAGGUAUGGUUUCAAAAUAGACGGGCAAAGUUUCGCAAACAGGAACGCCUAACCCAGCAAAAGUCGGGCAGCGGUGGCAGUGGCGGCUCAUCGGGUGCGGCCGGUGGCACUGGUGGCCAGGCAUCAUCAGCAAACAACAACAACAAUAGUAGUAACAGUAAUACUAACAACAACAACACCAGUAGUCAGCAUCACAACAACCAUAACCACCAGCAAAAUGGUAGUAAUAAUAAUAAUAAUACGACAAAUAGCAGCACCAGUGGUGGUGGUGUUGGCAAUACCAACAGUGCCGCCGCCAUCAUAGUCUCCAAUGCCGGCGGUAAUAAUCAAUCAUCCAAUGGUUUGGAUGCACUAGUAGUUAGCAGCAGCAGCAGCAGCAUAACCGGCGGCGGCAGCAUCGGCAGCAUUACCACCAAUACUAGUCAAUUGAAAGCUGAAUCAACGGGAACUGGUGGUAGUAGUAGUAGUAGUAGUGGUAGUGCAUCGUCAGCGCUGUCAAUAGUCUCAUCGAUUCAUCAGCAAAACAAUGUUGUGUCAGCAGCAGUAGCAGCACAAGUAGCUAAAGUGACUACAAAAACCGAUCCCGAUUUGUCUACCCCUAACAUCAAUAGCCUCCACCACAUUCACAACAACAACAACAACAUUAGCCACCAUACUAUACCUACCAGUAUCAUCAAUACAAGUAGUAUUAAUAAUAAUAAUAAUAAUAAUAUUAAUAGUAUUAACACUAAUAAGACAAUAAUCAAUGGCUGGCAACCAAAGAGUGUCUGUCCACUACUUUAUCCCAAUUUGAAUCACUUGCACACUAACAAUGUCUACUAA